GCUCCCGUUCCCCGCGCAGUUUGGUCUGGACUGCGCAGCCAUGCGAUUGUGCGGACUUAAAUGGCGUCCACAAUAAUCGCACAGAGCAGCACAGGCGGCCCCGUCGAUCCGUCAACUGCAACGAACAGCAGCAGCACUAGCAUCAACGCCAGCAGCAACACUCUGCCGCCAAUAUCAGCAACAGUUGCUUCGGCAGCUGCUGACCUGCACAAUACGCAUCUCAAUCAGCUGAACAGCCUCAGCCAACACUAUACGACGCCGUAUCAUCAUCACUACCAACAACAGCACUUGCAGCAUCAACAUCACCAACAGCAACACCAGCAACAUCAGCAACAGCAACAGCAGCAACAGCAGCAACAGCAGCAACAGCAGCAGCAACAUCAGCAGCAGCAGCUACAGCAGCAACAUUACCAGCAGCAGCAAUCGCUAGCGGAACAACAGUCUCAGCACUGGGACUAUUAUGCACGACAGCAGACAACGGCGCCUGCCAACAACAUCAACAACACCAACAACAACAACAACAACAGUAGAAACAGCAACAGCGAGAACAACAACAGCAGCAACGCCAAUGUUGCAAUACCCCUGGGCAGCAGCAGCAGCAAUGCUAAUAGCACUGCUGCCAGUGCUAACAAUGGCCACAGCCACGGCCACGCCCAUGGGCAGCGUAUUUAUGGCACACACAACAGUGAUACCGUUGCUGCCGCCUCCGCCGCCGCCGCUGCUGCCGCAGCAGCAACAGUAGGCGCCAACGGCAACAGCUCCAACGCCAAUUCCAACUCCAACUCGAACUCCAACUCUAACGGCAGCUACACACGUCCCUGGGAAAUGGAGUCCAAGGACAAUCAGCCGCCCCAGAGCCAGCCCCACCCACAGUUUCAAUCGCAGACGCAGUCGCAGCCGCAGCCGCAGCCGCAGUCGCAGUCACAGUCGCAGCCAAAGAGCGGCUUUGAGCCCUUCUCAAAGCUACCCUCAUUCCAGAGCCAAUUCCAUGGUUACAAUGAUCAGCUCAUGCCGGACGGCACGCCCAUGCCGCUGCCGAUUGGAGCCGCUGCAGCAGCAGCAGCAGCCGCCGCAGGAGCUGGGCCUGGCGCUGCUGCAGCAGGACUCGGUUCUUUGCAAACGGUGGCCAUGUCGCCGGCGAGCAUCUCGGUCAGUUCGCCGGGCAUGAUGAGCGUCGGCUCGCCGCUGACGCAGUUGCCGGGCAUGCAGACCAGCAUCACGCCGCCGUCGAGCAGCUUCACGCCGCUGGGCGCUCCGCCACCGCCGCCGAAUGCAUUUCAUCACAUGCACUCGCAUCAUCGGGCGACCGGAGCGGGCGCCUACCCGCUGAUGCCGGCAGCCACGGCUGCCUUCGGCGACUUGCAGCUUUACCAGCCCCUGACGCCGGGCCUCCCGCCCCUGAUCAAGAAGGAGUCGAUGGCUCCGACGGCUGGCGCGGACUAUGACAUGCUAACGGGCAGCAUGCUGCUCAAGAAGGAGGACUUUGAUCUCAACAGCAACAGUGGCGCGCACCAGCAGCUGCAUGGCCACCCUGGCCUGGGCGUGGGCGUGGCUGUAGGCAUGCACACGCCCACAUCUUACGACGGGAACAACAGCAACAGCUUCCCGCACGCAGCCAGCAGCAGCGGCAGCCACACGCCGCACACCACGCAGCCGCUGACGCCGACGCCGACGACGACGACGGCACCCAUCAAGGUGGAGAAGCUGCUGCAGUCGCCGAUAGCUCGGCUGGACGCGCGAAAGAAGGAGCGGCGGAAACAGCGGCCCAACUCGCUCGAGUCCAGCGCCGAGAGUGAGGCCAGCGGCAUGGACGUGGACCCCAGCGGCGGCAAUCCCGGACAGGUGGAUGCCGUUAGCAGCACGGCCAACUUCAAGAGUCCGCUGAGCGCCCUGGGCAUGGGCGACAGCAACGAUGCGAACGCCAGUGGAUGCGACAAGCAGGAACACCCACCCACAACCAUAACCUUACACUACCACCAACAACAUCAACAACAACCCCCCAACGCCAACCACUCCACCAACAACAACUCCUUCUCUUCUUCCGCCUCUGUUUUGCAGUCGAAGAAGAAGCGCAAGCGCUGCGGCGAGUGCGUCGGCUGCCAGCGCAAGGAUAACUGCGGCGAGUGCGCCCCCUGCCGCAACGACAAGAGCCACCAGAUCUGCAAGCAGCGCCGCUGCGAGAAGCUCACCGAGAAGAAGGAACCCAAAUCAAAGCCCAUCGUUUACGGUGCCGACGGCCAACCCAUCCGUGCCGAUGCGAAGCGCGGACGCGGUAAGGGCAAGGCGACUGGCGCCAAUGCCGUCGUCGUCAAUGCCACCGCAGUAGCCGCUGGCAAUGGAACACCAACUGGGUCACGCGCCCGCAAAACCUCUACCAAAGCAAAUAAACUGAAUGCAUCCGCCGUUGGCAUUGCAGCCGCUUCAGCAACAUCGCCGCGUCUAAGUCCAGCGCCAGCAACAGCAACAUUGUUGCCGCAGCAAUCGCCAAACACGACAACAGCAACAGUUGCAGCCGCCGGCAGCUUGCAGCAGCAGCAACAGUAUCAGCAACAGCAACAGCAACUGCAGCAGCAAUUGUUGUCGCAUCAGCAACAGCCGCAGCCGCAGCCGCAGCCACUGCAACAGCAACAUCAGCAGCAGUCGCAGCACUAUCAGCAGCAGCCGGAGCCGCAACAGCAUUUCCACCAGCAGCAACAUUUGCAGCAGCAGCAUCAGUCGCAGCAUCACCAGCAGCAGCACGCACAGCAGCAGCAGCAGCAACAUUUGCACCAGCAGCAACAUCAAAUAACCGCACAAAUACAAACCAUGAAGGAUCAACCGCAACAACCCAUGGCACCCAUGGCCUUCUAUCCCACAUGGCAGGCGGAUCCGUCGCAGGGGUGGCAGAACCAGUUCAUACAGCAAAUACCACAGAAUACUCCAGCCAUCACAUCACUCAACUCCUUGGAUUUCCAGACACAGUCCUACGCCUAUCCAUCAAAUGGCUACGUGCAGACGGGUCUCGGCUUCGAUCCCAACUACGGCCGCUCCCCGUACGGUGCGCCCGUGCAGCGCUACGAUUUCCAAAGCCAGCAGCUCUCGAGUGCGCCCAUCAACCAGGUGGGUCUGCAGAGCGUCGCGGCGGGCUUUCCGCCGGGCGGUGUUAGCUAUGCCGGGCAGGUGUCUACGGCACCGGCGCCACCAGCAGUUGGCCUGCAGCAGCAACAACAGCAGCAGCAGCAGCAUCUGGGCGGCGAUCUGAGCAAGAGCAUGUCGGGAAACGACACGCCUGGAUAUCCGCGGGUGAGCAGCGUGCCGCCGCGCUCACUCAACUGUAACGGGUAUCCAGGCGAUUUCAGCGGUUCCAGCAACAACAACAGCCACAACAGCCACAACAGCAACAACAGCAGCAACAACAACACGACAACAGCAACGCCCAGUGGUGCAGCCACGCCCACAGCCACUGGGCCUGGUAAUGCGGUGGUUUCCCAGCCGGCUAGCUCUCCCAUGCAGCAGCAGCCCCAACCGGUGCCCCCAUCGCCCACACGCAGCCUCAUACAGCAGCAGCAGCAUCAGCAACAGCAGCAGCAACAACAGCAGCAGCAGCAGCCACGCCUCGUCUCCCAGUCGCCCAGUCAGGUGCCGCAAUCGCCGAACGGCAACGGACUUCAGCCGUACGGCAGCAGCGUGCAGGCCCAGCAGCAGCAGCAGCAGCAGUCACAUCCACAUCUUGCCUCGCCGCCCAUGCAGGACUGGAACUGGAGCAAUCAGCAACAGCAACAACAGCAGCAACAGCCGCCCUCUGCACAGCAGCAGCAGCUGGCAAACGAUGGCUAUUCGGCGCAGGGUCAGGGGGAACGCUUGCAUCUGAAUACGCGUAUCAAGUCGAUGAUCAUGCGCAAGAGCGAUUCCAAGGAUGCCCCGCCCGACAUUCAGCUGCAGGGCCAGACUGCUGGCGCAACUGCCGCGCAGCAGCAACAGCAGCAACAACAACAAACCGGUCAUUUUUUAUCGUAUAGCCACCAUCUCCGGCCCGACACGGCGCUGAGCGCCAACGGCUCGAGCAGCAUCGCACCCCCGCUGGGCGGCGCCGAGCCCAUCGGAGGUGGUGGCGAUCAGAUCUGGAAGCCGCACCACGCCAACUCGUUUAAGAAGCCCAGCGUGAGCAGCGGCUACGCCGGCACAGACCAUCAGCUGCAGCUGCAGCUGCAGCAACACCAGCCAGGACAGCACAUGACCAUCAGCCAUGCGGAGCAACCGCCCCAGCCACCUUCCAUGCCCAUACAGCCGCCGGUGCAGCCUCAACCGAAGAAGUCGCGGAAUCGCAGCAAGGCGAGCCGCGCCGCUGCCGCUGCCGCAGAGGCGGCGGCCGCCGAAAUUGAAAGGGAUCGCAAUGCGAACGAUCCUGGUGGCGGGGGCCUCAAGGCUCUGGGCGCACACUAUCCGCCACCGCCGGGCAGCGGGCAGGAGUACCACGGCCAGUAUAUCAAGACGGAGCCAGGCCUGUUACCCCCUCCGCCGCCAGGCGGGCAGCCCAACAAGAUGGAGGGCUACGAGCGCAACUACCAGAACUUCAUUCAGUACGCCGACUUCUGCCAGAACGACGGACAGGGCCAGCCGGUGCAGCAGCACCAGCAGGAGUAUGCUGGCUACCACCACAACUCGCCGUACUACGGCGCAGGAGCCGGAAGCUUCCAGCAGAACUUUCAGCAGAGCUUUGUGCCCGGCUAUCAAGCAGCAGCGGCGUACGGCAGCCGUGGUAAGCUGCCAUCGAAUUCUGUGCACCACGCGCCGCACGGGCACGGACACGGGCACGGCAACAGCAUGCUGGAGCUGGACCGGAAGCCAGACACGAACAGCAUUAUACCACUGCCCACCAACUACGAGCAGGACAUACCAGCGCACGCGUACCCCAUUCCCGCUCAUCGCUAUGCGCUGGGACAUGGAGCACCACCGCCACCGCCCCACCUCAGCCACCAUGGCAUGCUGGACUCCAAGCUGGACGACAUGGGCAUGCUGGGCCAUGGUCACGGCCACGCCCACGGCCAUGGCUAUCCGUAUCUGGGUGAAGGUAAGCCGCUGAACAAUGGCUUCUCCUGCUGUCGUCAAGGCGGCACCCGGCCACCCACAGAGGAGCACCUGAAGGGCGGCACGUGCCUGGGACUGGGCGUUCAGCCCAAGGAGGAGCUCCUGGAUGAAGAUGAGCUGGCCGAGGCGCACAAUGGCGUCAAGGCCAAGUCAAAGAAGCAAAAGCAGGAGGAGAUACCUGAAAUAAUUGUGAAGCACGAGAAGAUCAAUCCCAUGUUUGAUACGACGGAUCGCCUCGAGAAGGGCAACAAAACAGAAAUACCCGAGUGCGAGUGCUUCCAGUCCGACAAGAAUCCACCCGAGCCGGGCACUUACUAUACGCAUUUGGGAACUGCAUCUACGCUGAUGGAGCUGCGUCGGGAGUUCGAGGAGCGGUGCCAUCUGACGGGUCGUCAGCUGCGCAUCGAGAAGAUCGUCUACACGGGCAAGGAGGGCAAGACCACGCAGGGCUGCCCGGUGGCCAAGUGGGUGAUCAGGCGCGCCGAUCCCGAAGAGAAGAUACUUGUGGUUGUCAAGAAGCGUCCCGGUCACAGGUGCAUUGCCGCCUAUAUUGUCGUAUGCAUGGUGGCCUGGGACGGGAUGCCGCGUAAGGAGGCGGACGAUGCCUAUGUGAACCUCAUACCCAAGCUCAACAAGUUCGGUCUACCCACGACGCGCCGUUGCGCGACUAAUGAGAAUCGCACCUGUGCCUGCCAAGGGCUGGAUCCGGAGUCAUCAGGCGCCUCGUACAGCUUUGGCUGCAGCUGGUCUAUGUACUACAAUGGCUGCAAGUACGCCCGCUCGAAGACCGUGCGCAAGUUCAGGCUGUCGGUGAAGAGCGAGGAAGCGGCCAUCGAGGACCACAUGAAUCUGAUUGCCACACUGCUGGCGCCGGUGUUCAAGCAGGUGUGCCCGCGCUCCUACGACAAUCAGACCAAGUACGAGCAUGAGGCCUCCGACUGUCGGCUCGGCCUCGAGCCGGGCAAGCCCUUCUCGGGGGUAACCGCCUGCCUGGACUUCUGCGCCCACUCUCACCGCGACCUGCACAACAUGCAGGACGGCUGCACCGUUCACGUGGCCCUGCUGAAGCCCAGCAACCGCGAUACCCACCUGCCCGACGACGAGCAGUUCCACGUCCUGCCGCUCUACACGAUGGACGGCACCGACGAGUUCGAGAGCGUCGAAGGGCAGCGUGAUAAGCAUCGCACCGGUGCUGUGCAAAUGCUGGACAAAUUUCCCUGCGAAGUACGCGUGCGCUCCACCCCGCUAAUACCCUGUCGCCGGCACGGAAAAAAACGCAAGGAGGACGAAGCCUCCACCCCGGAUGGCGACCACGACGCCGCCGCCGACGGAAGCAGUCAGUGCUCAAGCAACGGCGCCCAAUCGCAGGCCCAGCAAGCGUCCUCCCAGCAGAGCAGUCCGCCCGCCCUUGCCUCUGCUCACAUCAAGAAAGAGAACUGCGCCAGCAAUGGCAGCGCCCCCGGCAACAAUGCCAGCAACAGCAACAACAAAUCAAAGUCAAAGCCCAAGUCGAGCUCCAGUGUGUCCACGCCGGGCUCGGCGCCUCCAACGACGCCAUCGCCGCGCUGCCAAACGCCCGUCACAAACAACCCUAGUCCGGCGGGCAGCGCAUUCAGCACGCCGCCCGUCAAUCAGCACGCCGGCAAUCCGAACACCAGCAACAACAGCUCGGCAGCAGCAGUCGGGGCUGGUCCGCCGGGCGGCCAGCCCAACCAGCUGAUGAGCUCGAACUCGAGCCUCAUGAACAUGGCCACGAUGAUAGACACGUUCACGGACGCCCAGCUACAGUCCAACCAGAUCUCGAGCACCGUGCUGGACUCGCCCUACUCCUACGACUACCAGACGGGCUCCUACAUCGAUUCGCGCAACUACUACGGCAACUGGCCGGCCCAUGCCAUGGGCAUGGCCGCUGGUAGUGCGGCUCUCACGCCGACCACGCCUACGGCGCCGAUGGCGCAGCAUGCGCACACAGUGACGCCACCGACAGCAGCAGCAGGAGGUGCUGCAGCUGCAGCGGCCUCGGCAACAACUGUUUCUCCAGCAGCAACAGGCACAGCGAUGCCGCCCGUCACGCCCGCUACAGUGACGCCCACGCCCCCUCAGCACGAGGCCAGCAAUGGCUACACGUCCAGCUACAACAAUCUGGCAGCGCCAGCGCUGGGCCAACAGCAUCAACAAAAACAACAGCAACAACAACAACAACAACAACAACAACAGCAGCAGCAACAACAACAACAACAACAACAGCAGCAGAGCGGUGUCGAUGUGGCCGGCGCUGUUGCUGGUGGUGAGCUUAAGGGCCGCGUCAGCGAGGAAAACCCAGACUCGACGACGCUGGUCAACCACUCACUGGUCGAGAGUAAGUUAACUGCUUUGACAGCCAUGCAACCCAUGACUAAUCUAGCACCACCACUCCACCACCACCACCAUCCGCAUACGCCAGAAGGCUUCGUCAAGCCAAAGCCGCCGCCCAGCGACUACCAGUACUCGCAGUACCCGAACAACUAUCAGAUGUACCCGCCUCCGCCACCGCCGCCGCACUCCGCCUACUCCGCGUACGACGCCUACCAGAACAUGAACUACAACUACGGCUACCACCACCAGGCGUACUCGCCGUACGGCAUGUAUCCGCAGCAGACGCCACCUCCCACGCCGCCGCCACCCUCGCCCAACUGGAAUGUCUACGGCCAUCACCAGAGCUCUGGAGGCUACGGCCCGGGGGCCGGAGGGGCUGGUGGUACACUGCUGGCUACGCACGGCCCGGUGCCAUCCGGGGCCACGCUGGUGAAGCCAACGGUGCCAACUGCUGUGCCUCAGCAGCAGCAGCAACAACAACAGCAACAGCAACAGCAACUGCAGCAGCCACAGCAACAGCAGCUGCAACAGCAACAGCAGCAGCAACAGUUGCCAGCAACACCCCCUCAAACCAUUUUGCCCGACUUGAGCAAUGGCCAGCUGCCCGUGGAGCCCACUGCAGCAAGUGCUGUUGAGGUGCCACCGCUUGUCAACAACAAUAACAGUAGCAACAGCAACAGCAACAGCAGUAACAGCAACAGCAACGAUGCCAACGGCAACGCGGCUGGCGCUGGCGGCAACUCGACGGCAACUACUGUGGCGCCAGCCAGCACCAACUCGACCAAGAUCGAGCCGAUCGGCGAGGUGGCCGAGAUCAAUGAGAACAUUGAGGCGUUCCAGGAUCCGCAGAUGGGCGGCGUGGCCAUUGCGCUGAAUCAUGGCAGCGUGCUGAUCGAGUGCGCCAAGCACGAGAUGCAUGCGACGACAGCCGUGCGGCGACCGGAUCGCCACCACCCGACGCGCAUGACCCUGAUCUUCUACCAGCAUCGCAACUUGAAUCGUGCCAGGCACGGCAUCGACGAGUGGGAGGAGAAGAUGCGCGUGAAGAAGAUUAACACGGACCUCGACAACAAAGCCAAAGAGGAGCGCGAGCGUCUGCUGAAGAAGGCAGCCGGCGAGGACGACGAGGACGAGGAUAUGCCCGACGAGCAACUGGCGGUGACUGCAACCCCGACCCUGCCCACCAUCAAGAAGGAGAACAGUGGGAGUGGCGGCGCCAUUAAGAAUGGGGCCAGUGGCAGCAAAAAGAAAAAGAGCGAGGCCAGCAAGAAGACACAGUCGAACAACAACAACACCAACAAUAACAACAACAACAACAACAAUAGCGAGCAGUCAAAAAACGAGAAAGUUGCCCUCCACGCACCAACACUAACAACAACGUCGUGGACGACCCUGUUCCCUAUGCACCCAUGCGUAGUUACGGGGCCCUACCAGGAGGGCAAUAGCAGUCCAACAUCGUCCACGAAUGGCAGCGCCGCCAAUGGCACCAGCAGCAGCAACAAUGGCAACAAUGCCAAUGGCCCAACAGCGCAGCAGGCAACGACUCCAGGAGCCGUGCCGCCUCCUCCGGCGGCGCAACCGUUGCAGCAAACUUGAGCGCCUACCACCGCCAGAUGGGGAUAGGCGCCUACUACUACUGGUAGCCGUUUGACAAACGACUGAAAGAUAUUCUCAUAAUAAUUAUUUUUGUAAACGCGUCCUGAUACCGUGUGCCAUACGAGGGGGUUGGGGUUGGAGCUGAGACUGGAAUUGAGAUUGGGAUUGGGGAGCAGGCAACGCAGUUGCAGUUGGAUAUACCCGGCCAGCAUGCAGUAAUACACUACCAAAGCUCCACAGCACUCACAGCAACAAUAACAACAACAACAAAAACAACAGCAGCAGCACACUCACAUAUACAUACAUACACUCAAACACUCACACAAGCCUAGUUCACGAACUGGAUGAAAAUGCAGUUAGAUUCAUAUUCAUAUACAUAUACAUACAUACAUAUAGGAAACGACGAAGUAGACGAAGAAUGAAGAAAAUCUAUGUUUUUAGCGCAGCUAUAUUGUUGGCAAUUUCUGUUAAAUGAUUUAUUUUUUACAUUUUGUUCUCUCCUUCUGUUAAGAAUCAAACAAAGCAAACUACAGAACAAACACUAGAAAA